UCCCUCACCACCGCAGACGGCGUUGGCCUCUUCGUCUCCGGCCUCGCUGACGACGUCGAUGCCCGCGAGAUUCACAACCUCUUCCGCCGCCGUCCCGGCUUCGACUCUUGCCAGCUCAAGUACACAGGCCGCGUCAAUCAGUUUCCGACGGCCACUCCACUGCCGCUCGUGGUUGCCGUUAUAGAGUCGCCGUUAAUCCUAUCAGGCCUCACAAUCUUCAGCUUACAGCAGCCCCCACUUUCUUUCUUCCCCUAAUUAUUAUUUUUGGACGACAAUCCCUACACCCGAACGGGAUGGUGGUAUGAGACUAAUCCACCUAUGGCCAGCUGUAGGAAGCAACACCUGCAGAGAGCGGUUAGAAGCAGCUGCUUGACCUACCACCAAGAAUCGAACUCACACCUCCCGGGUGGGAGCAAACCCCCUAGCCAGUGGAGACAACCCUCGGUUGGCUCAUCUUGAGUUUCCUCACUUUUCCUAUCAACAAAAAGAAAUUGUUCAGCGUUCUCAUUGUUUGUACAGUGUUUUUAUUUAGGCCCUGUUCAGUUGUGAGAACUAUCCUGUCAGAGGAGUAGGAGGCGGCCCAGCCAAGGAGAAAACCCUAGAGGAGAAAGUUUGUGCAGAGAGAGAGAGAGAGAGAGAGGGAGGGAGAUGUUGGUUUUGAUUGUUAGGUCCUCCUUAGGAUGAAUGGAAGGGGAAACUGGAUGAUAGAUUCCUUUAAUUUUUUUUUAGUUCUGCUGGAUGGUUUUUUUUUUUUUAAUCAAUUUGACUACUAAAUACUACUCCGUAAUGGCUAGGAAUAGUGUUGAAUUAUUGUAUAACAUUUGGGAGAUACUUUUAUAGGUUUUGUAGUGUUUAUAACUUGUGGAUUUCCUUCCGCCUUUGUGGUAUCUUAUUUUUUUGUCGUCGUUUUUCCUGUAUGUUUUUUCGACGAUGUGUGCCUUGAUCCAAUGAAGGCUGCACCUCUCACCUAGUCCCCUAGACUCUAGAGAUCUUUGGUGUCUGGGUGCGUGUAUCGCCUGUAAUAACUAUGGUUGCAAUCAUGACAUGAAUGUAUUCAGGAAAGCAAGUACAUUCGUUUCUGCAGGGAUGUGUGGGACUUGUGUCUUUUUGCAUAUUUUUCCUAGUUAACCAAAAUUCCCACUACUCUUCAGGAGUUGGAGAACAUGGAAAGGGAUAAAUACGAAUGCUUUCUUUGGGUUGAGUUUUGAAAACCACUGUAAUGGUUGAUGGGAAGUGACUUCGGCGGCUUUCCACUUUGAUUGUCUUAAAAGCUUCAUUUCAAUUCGGGAAGUCCACCGGACUCUCCACAAUAUUCCAUAGAGGCAAAUACCCUGAGAGAAAUAAUGGGCUCACUCUCAAAAAUGCAGAAGCUUUCAGAGGAGCAAUAUAUAGAUAGGAUCAGCAACUUACCAAAUAGCCUUGUUACUCAAAUCCUCUCCUGUCUUCCCACAAAAUACGCUGUGGCAACUAGUGCCUUAUCGACCAGAUGGAAGAAAUUAUGGACAUCCAUCACAAGCCUGGACUUUGAUGAUGAGUUACUGGUACAUCCUCAAAAUCAAAGUGGUAAUCCAGCUGUCCAGAGGAGUUUUACAAGUUUUGUCUGUCAAGUGUUUAUGCUGCAUAGGGAUUCAGCCGUGCAAAGGUUCCGUCUCAAAUUGAACCACAUUUAUGACAUUUCCCGUGUUAAUGGAUGGAUUGGUGAUAUGUUACUGCGCAAUGUUCAAGAAAUUGAUCUGUCCAUCCGCAAGGAAGAUUCUACUUUGCUGCCUCUGGACCUCUUCACUUGUAGGACUCUGGCGGUAUUAAAACUUGCUAUCGAUUGCGACAUGAACGUGCCUACUUCAGUUUCUCUACCGAAUCUGAAAAUUCUCCACUUUGUUUGUAUCACAUUUGUGGAUGAUGACUCAAUCAACAGAUUCCUCUUUGGCUGCCCUGUGCUUGAAGAGCUGAAUAUGACUGCCUGUGUGGGUGAAGGGGUCAAAGUGAUUAACAUUGUUGCACCUAUGCUCACAAGCUUGAAUAUGCUUAAUGUUGUAUCUCGUCAUUAUAUGAAACCUAAUCAUUUUUUUGAGGGUAGGAUUGUGCUCGACACCCCGGCACUCCUUUACCUCACAAUCUUUGAUUCUUGCGCUGACGGUUUUGAAUUGGGGAGCUUACCUCAUCUCAUCAAAGCCGAUAUUACGAUAAUUGCUGAUGACUAUUCCGAUCCAAUUAUCUCUGAAGCUAUAACAGAUCUUCUCAAGGGGGUAUCCAACGUUAGAUUUCUGCACUUGGCUGAUUUCUCUUUGGAGUCUAUUGACAGGUGUAAUUCUCAAGUGCCAAAGUUUCCAUAUUUGACUGACUUGGCUCUUGGUGAAAGACCUUUUGGUAUUGGAUGGAAAUCGCUGCCGAAGUUGCUGGAGAACUCCCCACUUCUGGAAAGCCUUGUUUUCAAGGAGGGAAUUCGAGAUCGAGAUUACGGAAGCCCAUUGCAUUGGAAUCCACCUCAGAAUGUGCCUUCUUGUUUACUAUCCCACCUCAAGGAAAUUGAAAUUAGAUUUUUCGGAGGGGAGAAAGAAGAGUGGGAAAUGGUGGAGUAUUUCCUAAACAACGCAAAAGUUUUGGAGAAGGUGAACAUGCAUUAUGCCGGUUCAGAAAGAGAGUGGACAAUACAGAUUAGAUAAUAGAUAGUGACAUUAAGCAAGAGCUUCAGGGUUUGUAGGAAAAUUUGGAUGAUUCCAAUGAUCUCAAGGACUUUUUCAUGUUGCAACACUGCAUUUAUCGGAUUUGCUUUGGUUAUUGUAUUUUAAACCUCCUUUGAGAAAGUAUUUGUUGUUGCUUCCAGUAGUAUGAUUUUGAUAAAUCUCGUUGACUGAUGGUACGAUUGAUUGAAGCUUGUAAAACAGAUGUAUUAUGUUCAAUCUUCUUCUUGGCAUA